AAUAUCCUUGUAAAUUUUUUUGAUUGAAGUAACAUUUUGUUGUGUAUAUUUGGCAUGCUUGUAUCUCUUUGGAACAAGAUAACAUGUCUGUUUUUGAAUGGUGAGAUUUACAGACAACGGGAGUAGCCAUUUUUCUGCAGGAAACCUCACAUAUUCCGUGGCGCCUCAGACCACCCCCUUCGAGUGCUCCAGCCUCCAUUACUUGCUACAUGAUCAAACGACUGCUCUCUUCCUCCCCUUCCCGCCUAAUUCUAUCUUACCAGGCGAACAACUUCCGCAAUUCUGACUUCAUCUCCUUUCCCCCUUUUUCUCUGGGCCUCCGGCGGCCGAUCGGAUAUUCUAGAGUCUUCGCCAUGGUCGACGACCGCCACUCUCCGGGAAAGGCGCCGUCCGGUUCCCGCAACCACACCAACCGCCUCUCUGCCGAGCACAGUCCUUACCUUCUUCAGCACGCCCACAAUCCUGUCGAUUGGUAUCCAUGGGGGGAGGAGGCAUUUUUUGAAGCUCGUAAAAGAGAUGUUCCCAUCUUUCUAUCUAUUGGGUACAGCACGUGUCAUUGGUGUCAUGUAAUGGAGGUGGAGUCUUUUGAGGAUGAAGAGGUUGCGAGAUUGCUUAAUGACUCUUUUAUAAGCAUCAAGGUGGACCGAGAAGAAAGACCAGAUGUAGAUAAGGUGUACAUGACAUAUGUACAAGCAAUGUAUGGUGGGGGUGGUUGGCCCCUAAGUGUCUUUCUUUCUCCCGAUCUAAAGCCUUUAAUGGGCGGGACUUACUUUCCUCCAGAUGAUAAAUAUGGUAGACCUGGCUUUAAAACUAUACUUAGGAAGAUCAAAGAAGCUUGGGACACAAAAAGAGAUGUGCUAAUCCAAAGUGGGGCAUUUGCUAUAGAGCAACUUUCAGAAGCAUUAUCUGCUAAUGCAAGAUCAGAGAAGCUACCACAAGGGCUACUAGAAAAGGCAUUGCAAAAAUGUGCUGAGCAGCUUUCUGAAAGCUACGAUUCGGAGUAUGGUGGAUUUGGGUCUGCACCAAAAUUCCCCAGACCGGUUGAAAUCCAGCUAAUGCUUUACCGUUCAAAGAGGUUGAGGGAGAAUGGUAUGUCAGGUGAAGAAAGGGAAGAUCUAAGUAUGGUGGUGAUGACCUUACAGGGCAUUGCAAGGGGUGGUAUUCAUGAUCACAUCGGGGGUGGUUUUCACAGAUACAGUGUGGAUGAAUGUUGGCAUGUACCACACUUUGAGAAAAUGUUGUAUGACCAAGGGCAACUUGCCAAUGUUUACUUGGAUGCUUUUUCUAUCACGAAAGAUGCUGUCUACUCAAAUAUGUCUCGAGAUAUUCUUGAUUAUCUGAGAAGAGACAUGAUUGGCCCUAAUGGAGAAAUAUUUUCGGCGGAGGAUGCUGAUAGUGCAGAAUAUGAAAGUGCAUUAAGAAAAAAGGAGGGUGCUUUCUACAUUUGGACAAGUCGAGAGAUUGAAGAGCUUCUUGGAGAGCAUGCUCCUCUUUUUAAAGAGCAUUACUACAUUAAAGCAUCAGGAAACUGUGACCUCUCAAGGAGGAGUGAUCCCCAUAAUGAGUUCAGGGAUAAGAAUGUGCUUAUAGAGAGAGACAGUGUUUCUGAAAUGGCAGCAAAGUUUGAUAUGACUGUAGAUGAGUAUCUGAAGAUCUUGGGAAAAUGUCGGAAGAAACUUUUUGAUAAGAGAGCAAAACGGCCAAGGCCAUGUUUGGAUGAUAAGGUCAUUGUUUCUUGGAAUGGACUUGCAAUUUCAUCAUUUGCUAGAGCAUCUCAAAUCCUGAAGAGUGAGCCAGAAGGAACAAAGUUUUACUUUCCUGUAGUUGGUAGUCAUCCAAGUGAAUACAUGGAUGUUGCAGAAAAGGCGGCUUCAUUUAUCAGAAAGCAUCUUUACAACCAGCAAACUGGCAAGCUGCAACACAGCUACAGAAAUGGCCCAUCUAAAGCACCUGGGUUCCUUGAUGAUUAUGCCUUCCUGAUAUCUGGACUUCUGGAUCUAUAUGAGUUUGGCGGUUCAAUAUUCUGGUUGGCAUGGGCAAUAGAGUUGCAGCGUAUGCAAGAUGAACUAUUCCUUGACAAAGAGGGAGGAGCUUACUUUAAUAACCCAGGGGAGGAUCCAUCUGUUCUUCUCCGCUUGAAAGAAGACCACGACGGUGCAGAACCAUCUGGGAACUCUGUUUCGGCAAUUAAUCUAGUCAGGUUGGCUUCUUUGGUUUCUAAUGGAUCUAAUCACUACAGGGACACUUCAGAACGUCUAUUGGCUGUCUUUGAGAAGAGGUUGAACGAAACGGCAGUGGGUGUGCCACUUAUGUGUUGUGCUGCAGAUAUGCUGCUUUCUAUUUCUCCGAGGAGGAAGCAGAUUGUCCUUGUUGGUCACAAGUUGUCACCAGAGUUUGACCGCAUGUUGGCUGCUGCACAUGCAUCAUAUGAUCCCAACAAAACAGUGAUUCACAUAGACCCAAGCGACUCGGAUGAAUUGCGAUUCUGGGAGGAAAACAACGAGAAGAUAGCCACAAUGGCAAAAAACAAUUUCGUUGUUAGGAACAAGGUUGUGGCUCUGGUGUGCCAGAAUUUCGCUUGCAGUCCUCCGGUUUACGAUGCUAAAGCUCUUGAAUCUUUGCUCUUGAAAUGACCUAGCAUAUUGUCUUUGAAGACAGUAGGAAGCUAUAGUUGAAGAGGAUGCAGGUAUACUGGCAAAAUGACUUAAUAGUGGUAUGUAAAGCUAAUGUGAACUCUGUCUCAUGUAUCAUGAAUACAUUGGAUGAGUUUAAGUUAGCCACUGGUUUGAACAUUAACAAAGCUAAGUCUCAAAU